AAGCAAAGGGGGAAAUUUGUUCUUCUUCUUCUCUCUCUCUCUCUCUCUCUCUCCUUUCUGCCAUUUCGAUCCAAUCCAAGCAACGCCCCCAGCUGUAUCCAGUUUCUCUUCACCCAGCGGGGCCUCUCUUUAUAAGCGCCGACAUACCCAUCAACCCUUUGAUCUUUCGCUCCAUUCAUCUUCAAAUCUUCCCUUUCGAUUUACACCCAUUUCUAUUUCCGUUACUGGGUACCGACGCCCUUGAAUCAGCGCUCGAUGAACUAGCCACUGCUUGCUUCAUCGCUUCUUCCUCAGCCAUGGCGGCCGAGCCUCCCAGUUGGCACGAAGGCAUCUCCUCGGACAAUACCAAAGGCUUCAUUCUUGCUCUUUCUUCCAGCUUCUUCAUCGGUGGGAGCUUCAUUGUCAAGAAGAAGGGCUUGAAGAAAGCCGGUGCGUCGGGAAUCAGAGCAGGAGCUGGCGGAUUUACUUACUUAUAUGAGCCAUUGUGGUGGUUGGGCAUGAUAACAAUGAUUGUUGGAGAAAUUGCUAACUUUGUGGCAUACGCAUUUGCACCAGCCUUAUUAGUCACUCCUUUGGGAGCUCUCAGCAUCAUAAUCAGUGCUGUUCUUGCACAUAUCAUUUUACAGGAGAAGCUACACAUUUUUGGAGUUCUUGGUUGUAUACUAUGCGUGGUCGGUUCCACAACGAUUGUUCUUCAUGCUCCCCAAGAACGUGAGAUCGAAUCCGUGACCGAAGUUUGGCAAAUGGCAAUGGAGCCAGCUUUUCUUUUGUAUGCAACUCUGGUCAUAACUUCUGCAGUUAUACUCAUAUUCCACUUUAUACCUCAAUAUGGUGAGACACACAUAAUGGUUUAUAUCGGAGUUUGUUCCCUAUUAGGUUCGUUAUCGGUUAUGGGUGUUAAAGCUCUUGGAAUUGCCAUGAAGUUGACAUUAUCUGGAGUGAACCAGCUAGUUUAUCCACAAACUUGGAUUUUUGCAAUACUUGUAGCCACAUUUUUGCUGACCCAGAUGAAUUAUCUGAACAAGGCCCUUGAUACUUUUAACACUGCUGUUGUAUCUCCCAUAUACUACGUGAUGUUCACAUCACUGACCAUUUUGGCAAGUGUUAUCAUGUUUAAGGAUUGGGAUAGGCAGAGCCCAGCACAAGUCAUCACAGAAUUAUGUGGCUUUGUGACUAUUCUUUCAGGAACCUUUCUUCUUCACAAAACAAAAGACAUGGUUGAUGGUUUAUCGACAUCGUCGCCAAUUCGACUUCCAAAGCACGUGGACGAUGACAGAUAUAACGGCUUGGAAGGCAUACCUCUAAGACGGCAAGAAUCCAUGAGGUUGCCAUGAAGAAUUCAUAUGAUGCUCAGUUUGAGCGUUCUAAAUUUGAUCAUAUUCUUUAAACAAAAACACUUCCUCUUCUUCUGAUAAUUGCAGUUCCAUUGUGCAUACAAAUUCUCUCCCUGUACAUCAACAGGAUUGUAAGUUUAUACCCCAUUAUUUACAAAUAGAUUAAUUCCGACAUGUCGUAACUG